UUGACCAGGACUUAUACAUGGGCUUCCUGUCCUGAUGGGUAUUUCCUCCAGGGACUUUACCGGUCAAGGGGCGCUGACCUACAGAAUAUAGAACAUGUUAGGUGCUGCAGACCUAUUACAUUCAAAAACAUAUCAGCGAACUGCAAAGAUCAAAGUGUAAGGAUUUCACUCGACAACCAAGGCUGGAGCUCAUGCUCAAGUGGGUCAUUUAUCGUAGGAAUAUACAAAGAAAGUUGUAACACAUUGAGCUGUAUUGAAGAGUUCAAAUGCUGUCAAGUGUCUCCGUCAGGUAAAGAAAAAUUAAUGACUCCAAAGAAAAAAGGUACUUAUCAUCAUCAUCAUCAUCACCUUCGUCGUCAUUGUCACAUAGAAUUACUAUAAUAUAUAUUAUCAUUAUUGUUAUCAUUAUCAUAUUCGUUAUUAUUAUCAUAGCCUGUUCCAGGCGUUUGGAUAGUGGAGUGCGGCGCGAAGGAAGAGAGCUAGAAAUAAAAUAAGGAGGAAAAGAGGGAAAAGUAGAGACUUUCCCUCGCUCUCUCCCGGAACCCACAUCUCUUUGCGCUGUCCCCACGAUCUGAACUCCUGGAACAGGCUAUUAUUAUCUUUAUUAUUAUCAUUAUUUCUCAGACCUACUCACAUGCACCUAUUGGUGGCCUUGUUUCCCCUUUCGCGUCCAGCCAUUAUCCUGUAGACUUAAAUGUGUAGGGCCCUUCUUAAUAUCUUAGCUGUUCCCAAGAAAAAAGCUUUCUGGAACAAUGCAAUGAUCCCAGGUGUUCCUUGCUUGCUGAUCCACAUCCUCAGGAGAUGUACUCAUAGUCCCAAGAGCUCCAGCUACAAUAAGGAUACAGAGGCGCUUCUCCAGUUAUUAUUAUUGUUUAUUAUUACUAUUUUUAUUAUUACUAUUGCGUCAACAGCCCUAUAUAUUUAGAAGUUGAUGCGAGAGAAAAGCAGAAAGAGUAGAAACUAUUAAUAGCAUUAAAUUACAGUAGAAUUUUUUACGUAAUACUGAGUUAGAUUCAUAAAGAAUCAAUGACGGUUGUGAACUCUGGGUGAAUAUCAAACAACAUAUUUUUGUAGACAUGGUAAUACUUGGGCACUGGUUGCUGAAUGGGGAGGACAAGGAUGUAACGUGAGUAACACUUAUGGUCACACCGCAGAGGAAACCACUCAGGGAAUUUCACAUUAAGUGAUUUCCUUAUCAAUUUGCAUAAAAACUUAGGUUAAGAUGCGAAACCAGCAAGAAAAUGUGAAGUUCUAAAUAAAUUACAAAAAGUUCCAGAUAAAUUACAAAGUUAAGAUAAAAUGAUAUCAUAGGAGUUUUUUUCUUAAUUUGUUCUUUUUCUUGGACAAGGUUGAGUCACAAGCCAAAGUACUUAAAGUAGUCCAGGGGUGGCUGCCAUUUACACAAACCAUCCGGGUGGAAAUCAUGUGCAGAAACAUCGAACUAUAAAAUUUAACGUGGUGGGAAAAGGACAAGCUACAAAGUACUUCCAUAUAAGCAGAACACACUAAAAAACGUUGAAAAUUUUAUCGCCUGAAAUCACAGCCCACAUUUUCUGGAGAUUCCCAAACGGAAUGGCCCGAACCAUUGAUUUUCCAACCAGAAUUUCAGGUUUUCCCAAGAAAAUGGUAAGUAUUCCAGGUUUGUUCGCUAUGCAAACUUACGUCUUUUUCUUCUUGUCAGGUUCUACGGAUCACGGUCCUUAACAGAAGGACGAUGUCCCGGAAGCAAAGCCCUUUCGUUCUCCAAAUCGUCUUUCUACGCCAGGACACCGAUAAUUAUUUUGAACGGACGAAGCUUUACGAUUUCAUGCUGGAUAAAACAAAGAAAAAAGAAUUACAUAUUAGAAGCGAUCUAUGGUGAUUGGCAGUACCCAUGGCAGUUUCUUCUCAGCACAAAAAAACAAAAGAUAAUAUUUCAUCGUCACAGUUAUAUUAAAGAUGAGAAAUGGUGGUCUCUAACAAGUUCAGAAAUUCCUUUAAACAAAUGGAUUCACCUGGUAGUCACGUGGAAUAAGGAGGCAUUUAAGGUAUUCAUCUAUGCAGAUGGGGUUGAAAUUGCAUACAGAACAUUUUCGUCAAGUGCAAAGUUCUAUAGUUCCUCCGGACGUUUGUACAUGGUAGGCAAUGACCAACAAUAUCACCAGUUCCAGGGAUCAGUGAUGGAUCUGUUCGUCUUUGGCACAGCUCUUUCACUGGAUGAAAUAAAUAAACUAAGAGGUGAGAGAUUUGCUGUAUGCUCUAUGCCUUGUUUUUUUUCAAGCACGAGGUGUCUGUGAAGUCAUAGGAAUAUAUUCCCUGCUAGCAGAGGUCUGUCACGGCGAGGCAAAAAUGAGAGGACGGAGAGAGUAUCCUUCCUUCCUCUCUUUUAUGCCUCGUCGUGAGAGACCUCUGCUAGCAGGGAAAGGAAUAUAUUAGGGCGCUUAAGCAACGACGACGACGGUAGUGAAAACGUAGCAAAAAAAGAAGAAGAAUUUGCGUGCUUUUUAAGUUAUUAGCGUCUAUUUGGCCCCGCUCAAUUUGUCAAAUGUAAGCGAUUUCUCCUGGAAUUGUAUUCUAAAAGACUUUAUCCAGUUUCUGACAGAAAAAUUAAGGAAUUAUUCGUCGUCGUAUGUUCACGUCCUCCAUAAAACGUCACAUGAGAUGGUUUCAUGUCAUAGUAAUGCAGUAGACGUCAAAGAAAUGUACUAAAAAGCGUGAUGUACGUGCAAAGUUGCUGUUUUGGUCUUAAAACCAAUUUCUUUUUGACGUUAUCGUUGUCGGUGUCGUCGUGGCUGCUUAACCUCCCUAUUCUCCACUAAGAACGCCGGGGUAAUUCCGUGCUGAAACUGAAUCAGUCUGCUCCCCUGACAAACCAUCGAAACUUCUUCAUACGUGUAGGUCAUGAGCUUACUAAUCACUUCCUAGUUAUAAAUAUAAGGGAAUGAACAUUUCAUUUGAACGAGCGAAUAGGGUAAGCCGAUACGCACUACAAAAUGUGGCAGAAUGAUAUCAUAGCAUUGAUAUCAGUUCUGGUCAAUAUGUACAGUUGCUCUAGACGUUAUCUGAGCUCUCGUCUAAAAUCUAUUUGUUCUGUCUUUAAAAUCGUUCUCUCGAACCUUUAAUUUACUUGCGUUUUAAGAAAAAUACCACAGUAAAACUAAAUGAAACAUUUUGAACAAAAAAAUCAAGGUGUUCCAACCAUAGUGAACAAAAUAGUCACAGGAGGAACCAUCGGAAUGCAGUGGGAGCCACCCUUGGAAGGAGCGUGUCCCGUAUUGGCUUAUAAUAUUUACUACAGAAGAGUGGGUUCACCGCGAUCUGGAGAAAGCAAAAAGCACUUAAUCAGCAUCGAUGGAAGUAUAAAUCACUAUACCCUUCAUCUAAAUUGCAGUCACGAGUAUGAAAUAAAGGUUACUUCAAUGGAUGGCCAUAUGGAAAGUGACAGCAGCCAAACUUUGAAGUUUAAACCCAGUGGAGGCAAGUUAAAAAUUAUUCUAAAUUUGGAAUCUUUUUUGUUCUUUUUUUCGAACCAAGUAUGACAUUAAACGGAUGGCAAGCACCCGUUUCAUUGUCACAUUCGUUCUCCAUUUUUUUUUUUCAGAUGUUCCGUCGCCUCCAGUUUUAAGCAGUUUAGAAAAAGAUGCAUUCAGCUGCAACGUCAGCCUGGCCUGGGAAACCCCUUCAGAUCAUGGAUGUCCGCUAAUUAUGUAUACGAUCUACUACAUGCAGAUUCGACCACAACAACCAGGAGCACCCUGGUACGUUGUGAACAUCACCAACGCCAUGGCAAAUCAAUACUUUUUGGCAACAAGAUGUGACACGGGGUAUAAAAUCGAAAUGACCGCCUGGAAUGAGGUAGGGCAGAGCAGCAGGUCAAAAACGUGGAAAACAACAACAAGUUCAGGUAGGUUUUUCAAGACAAUCAUAUCGUUACAAUAAUUACUGAUCACCAAUAAAGGCGUGUAAACGGAUUUCCAGAGAAUUCGACUAAAUGUUCGUUCAAAAUCUUCCCUAACUUACUAUCACAUCACGCGAACAAAAGCCAGGGAGCAAUAGUUUGAGACAAAACGUUCCACACGGUUUAAACUUGUUUCAUCCAUAAAAGAUGCUUUAAGAUUUUCGACACCUACAAGUUUCGCACAAAUGAAAUAAAGCAAAUCCAUGUAAAAGCCAUUUAUUUUAGUUUUCUAUUACUGAUUUCAUUUUUAUUUUUUUAAAACCUGGCUUCAAUGGAUAAACAAGUUGGGGUGAAUAGGGCUUAAGAUUACCACUUAGAAGAUCUAUAAUUAAUUACUUGAAUAUAAAUGUGGAUGCAAAAUGUUUGAAGCAGAAGAAAGUUUCUCACCAGUAUCGUUACUCUCUUUUUCAAUGAAAAUAGCCUCAUCGUUACCUUUUUACAUCUUUUCAGGUACACUUAAUGAGGAAUUCUCGAUCUCAAAACCAUCAGAAUCAAUAGUUACCAAAAGUGGAAACCAUUCGGCUCUAUCCCAAGCUGCUGGUUUAACAGCAGGAAUUGCUGCUUUCCUUGUUAUAGCCAUUUUGGCAAUAUUCCUGUUUCGAAGAAAAUUAGCCAAAAGAAUAGGACGGGAUCGUAACGCCAGACCAAGAAGGUAAAACUAACAGUGAAAAAAUGUCAUUGAUCGAAAAGUAAGAAGUCUUCAAACUAGUAAGCGACACCACAAACUUAACAAGUUAUUAACUGAAGCCAAUAAGGCUCCAUAUUCACUAAGAAAUCAAUAGCCUGCGAGCAAGCUCUCCCAUUUGGGCGAGCCUCGCGAGAACGCGCGAGCGAGAGGCCUUUCCUCUGCCCCUCGCGGCUUUGCCGCUCGCUCGCGCGUUCUCGCGAGACUCGCUUCGCUCGCUCAAAUAGGAGAGCUUGCUCGCAGGCUAAGAAAUCAACGACACUUUGCACUUCCAAAGUGGGAGACGGACCGAACACUUUUAUUUAGCCGUCAAUUAAAUGAUUCGGUUUUAAUGCUUUUAUAUAUUAUAUGCAUGAAUUUUAAUACUGUAUUGAUAUAUUGUAAAUUAUUCUAUUUUAGCUUAGUUUUAUUCUUAAAUAACGCAAUUCAGCCCCUGGCUGCUCGUGUAAUUAUUCUAAUAAACUAUCUAUCUAUCCAUCUAUCUAUCUAUCCAUCUACCUACCCAUCUGUUGAAGAUAAGAAAGAUUAUGAAUUCCUAGUCCAAGGAACUAAAAACAAAAAAGACAAAACGUUAUUUGCAAAGCAUUCGAUGCAACUACAAAUACCGUUGUUGUUGUUUUAAUUUCCUUAUUUUCUUCAUUCAGGUCCAAGUCCACUAUAAUCCCCCUUAUACAAUGGGAGAUUCUACGAGAACAAGUUAUCUUCCAGGAAGAGAUCGGUCGUGGUGCAUUUGGUAAAGUGUUAAAAGGCAUACUUAGGGAAUCCCCUGGAAUCGACGUAUUUUACGAGCCCAGAAAUCAGACCGUCGACUUUAAAGAAGGCAGAACAGUAGCCGUUAAAGUUGUAGGAGGUUAGUAAUCGAGCAAUAAAAGCUAUGUUCUUCAAGAUUGUGAUUGUUAUUUGUAGUUUCUUUAGCAAAUUCUUUAAACAGUAUUCAAAAGGUCUAUUAUUACAACGAAUGGUGUUUUAAGGAGACCUUAUAUUAAGACACGACCCUUAGAAAGUCCCCCACUUGUUUCUAUAUUUAUGGAUACUAACAACAUUUCGUUGUAUCCAUUUAAUGGCACUUUGAAGAUCAAGUGAAGUACAUUCAUCAUCGUUGAUUCGACUAACUUGACUGUUCUAGGGUUCAGCAUAAGUCUCUUCCAGGCAGGUCUGUCGUUGGCACUCUCUUGCCAACCGUUCAGAGAUCGAUGUCUCUCUACUUCACGUUUCUUCCAGUUACAUCUCUAGUUGUUCGAAGGCCGAUUAGCGCUUAACUAGGGGUUAAAUUUAACCAGGGUUUCUUUUUCUUGGAUAAUGUUCUCUGUUAUACUUAAAGCUCCCAAUCAUCAACCUAUAGACAAAAAGAAUUAAAACUAAAAUGCUUUUUAAGCUUUCAAAUCUGAAUUCAAAUCGCGCACUAGCCCUGGGUUAUCUUAACCCAGCUUUGAACAACUUGCCCUGAACGUUAAUCUAGGCUGUCCUUGAUUACGCAUUCCAGAACAGAGCUGCAAGUAUAGCAGCUGUUUUGGUAGCCUGUUAUUAUCCAUCCCAUACACGUAACCCCAAUAAUCUAAUAAAACAAUAAUCUAAUAAUCAAUGAAAGUUUUUCUUAAUGACAAUAUCAGCCAUUGAUGAUACUCGUGAACGGCAGGGAAUUUCCACAUUGUGUGAUCUUGUCCUUACAGCACACGUUUUUUCAUUCUUAAGAGGCAGUCUCCCUAAAAGUGUUCCACUCGAUUUUGGACUCGAAAAAACUUUUGCCUUAUAUUUUUAUCAUCAACACUACUAUCCAUCCUAAUAACGAAACUGCAGUUAGAAUGAGGAAAUUGAUUAUUUUACUAUACUGCCAUUCCCAGCAUUUCAUUGCUGGACGACCGUUAGCGGCUAAAAUAUGCAAAUUUUAGAUGCCGUGUUACAGGUUUUUUAACGAUCGUUUAAAAGUACUUCGGGUCAUCAAAUCCUAGACUGUUCGCACUCAUUUGGAAGCAUAUUUCUUCUUCUUACUGUUCCAAUAUCAUUUAGGCAUUAUCUUUCUGUAAUCAGCAAAAACUGGUCGUCUUUAUUUCACUAACCCAAUUAAGAAAGCAAGAUGCACGAAUAAAUGCCUCAAAAACAUCUCAAAAUUCUCAAAAGUGGCACCUAAACUAGACCUAAAAACAUGUUUUAGUUAAAGAUUAAUAGCUAUUUUGUCAAGUUAUGCAAUAAAACUUGUGGCACAAUGCGAUUCAGAAUUGAAGGAUUCGACUUAAAUUUGCAUAUUGAUGCCGAAUUCGCAUUGCGUGACACCUGCCGCUGUGAUAGUAAAAAAAUUCUUCGUGAUCCUACAAAUGACAAUUUUUCUGUUUUUUUUUUUUUUUACUUUAUCAACAAGAAAAAUCGGAAAUAGGUUAAGCUUAUAGAAGAUUAAGUUUACUUUUCCACUGACCUUCGUAUUAGUAGUCUCGGCCGGCCGUCCUUUGUUCGACUCCCAGUAGUUGGCUUUCUUAUUAGUAGAGUGGGUCGGGAAAAAUACGCAUUUCUCCCCACCCCACCCCUUCGCCCUUUUCUUACUGGCAUCCCUCGGAGGGUCAUCCCCACAGUCUGAAAGCCUGGAAGAGGCUAUUCGACAUACUUCAAUCGCGUUCUAACGAACAUUUUUGUUUUACAGAUAACAUUAACGAGAACAAUGCUUCUCCUGUCUAGUGACAGGUGGACGUAUUUACAUUUUGCAGCGAGAAGGUCCUUCACACAUUCACCUUUACAAUAUAUAUAUGGGACGAUGGUACACGGUAGUCCUUAAAGAAAAAUUAAGAAAAUAUAGACUGGAGUUCAAAGAAGUAAAAUCAACAACCCGCUAAUCACGUCUACGCCACAAUAAGUCUCGUACUUACAAAUUCUUAUCAAGUAAAUUGUUAUUUGCCCUUAAAAAAAUGAAAUCAGCUGUGAAAUGUACAUUGAAUUAAAUUAGUGUCCGGACACCUUUAGGAAUUUGAUAUUAGUAUAAAUUCUAAGAUGUAUAAAUCUACCGGCCUUCGAUCACAAAUCUGAUUGUCUAUGUACAGUGCUAGUGCUAUGCUGGUAAUGCUGUACGCUAUCAAUUCCGUGAUGCAUAUGGACAGUGAGUGAAGUGACUGAGUAGCCUGACAGUGUUCGGUUGUAACCUGUUUAUACCACCACUGAAUAAAACCGUUACCCUGUCAAGGUGUUAAGCUUUGAACGACUAGGGGGUUUAUAUUUGACUAUUUCAGGGAAAUUUGUACCAGAUCUUUGUUUACUCGCAUGCAAUCUCGCUCGUUUUUUGUUUUUGUAUUUUUUUCAUAAGAUUUGUGAAGUAUUUGCGGUCUUUAUAUUCUUUGUCAUAGCAUCUCGGUAUGCAGACAUAUGAAAGCAAUAAGAUCCUCUCUGAGUGGCUCAACAACAUUGUCCGCGGUAGGCUGGUGUAUCAAAUGAGCGCCGCACUGGAGUCGCAAAAACGAAAUGAUAAACGCGGUGGCGCCUAAUUUAGUAAAAUCGAUAGCAAUAUGAAUUUGGAUCCACACGGAGGGUCCAAAGGCCGAUUUUUAAAAAUGUGAUCCUAGAUCCUUCAGCUGUUGUUCAGAUGUAUGUAUUUUUACAUUAUUAACGUGGUAGAAUGCAAGCGUCUGUAAGAACAGGAUGAUAACCGCUAACAAGACUGGACCUGGAGAAAUGCUCAUGCUGGGGAAACCUUCGACAAUGCGGGAUUCAGACUUCACGUCAGCUCUCCCUUCUACUGAUUGUUCGAAUUCAGAGGUUUUUGUCCACGUUGGGCUUCAAUAGAAAAUUCUGUCGGGGAAUUCUCCAUGGUACCAAAUAAUUGUCAUGAGUACUCUCAGUAAUAUGCCUAAAGGUAGGUAAUCACGAUUUUGGCAAUUUAACUCCGACUCCAAAUAAGGUUUAGAUAUGCGCUGAUCACUUUCUGUUUCACGCGUGUAUCUUGUGAUAUUCAAAUCCGUCAGCUCAUAAAUGAUGUCAAAUGUGCAACUGCAUCAGCUGACUGUGUAACUUUAUACCGCACUGCAACAGUGAUUAAUAUCAGGAUGUUUGACUUAAAGCAACUUCCUACUUUUCUCCAUAACUUCAUUAUGUUUGGAUCUUCACUUCCCGCAUAAUUCUAAAUAAAAAAAUUGAGUGGAAUACUGAGUUUAUCAUUGUCUGAACUUGAAAUUACGAUUAUGACAAUACCCAUUGCCCCUUUUGUCGUUAUCUUAUCACAGAUAAAGGAACUAGUUAUAAGGAUAUAUUUACGAUUUUAUACGUACGUGAUCCCAUCCUUUAAAAUAGAUGGUAUACGAUCUUAGCAAUCUCCAAACCAAUUACAUGCCUGUCCUUGGUCCUAAUAUUCCUUUCUUGGUCCUCUAUGCGAAGAACGUGGUGUCCGCCAAAAUCUUCCGAGUUUAUAUGCCGAUAUUUGUGGGUAAUCCCCGGGAGGACUUCCAUAUAAAAGUGAAAGGCUGCUCGUCGGAAAAUUAAUAAUUUAUUAUUUAAACCUCUAAGGGAGGGCAAUGUGGGUGUGGCUCAAGCUUAAACUGACCCCUAAAGGAGAUUUCUGUCAGGCCAGCGUCACGGCUUUUUUUUUUGGCAAAUUUCUUUAUGCACAGCCUAAAGCGAUACCUGAAUGAGCGUAUUUAGGUACUUUCCGUCCCAAACAACCGAAGUGAGACCAAAAUCUACAAACGACGAGCACCCACGUCACUUUUGUAAGGGAGUCCUCCUGGGGAAGCAGAUCACCAUCUGUUCCACUUGAUUUUUCGUAAGGUCAAUGGUUACCAUCUUUUGAGAGUAUUGGCUCUGCUUCACUUAGUUCAGACUUCGAUGGAUGACAGGUUUGAUGGUAAGAAGUAAUGGUGUCCUGACAAUCGUGUACUUUUAUCAGUUGGGAAAAACCGCGUGAACUUUCACACUUUAUUUUCUUGUUACUUUCACUGAUGUUGCCCGAUUCGAAAUUAAUGUUGAAACUUUACUAUUUGCGUGUGCCAACUUCUUCAUUAACUGGCUGCGAUACAAAAGUAGCCUUAGACUCCAGACUGUCUCUUAGAGCGUGAAAACAAAAGCUGACCACUGUUAAUAGGAAGAAACAGUCAGUAAAUGGAAGAAACCUUCUAACUGAAAUUUCAUUAACAAAGUCUUCAAAUGUGGGCUCCUGAUCAGUGGAAGGUAAAUAAAGGGAAAAUAGUAAUUCGCCGUUCACAGUCCAGUACUAUCGCCCCAUCUUAGCGAAUACAAGACAGUCUUGGAUUCUGGAUCCCAUUCCAUGGAUUCGGGAUUCCGGGUGCUGGAUUCCAGUCUUUUCCAGUGGAAUUUCAUUCCUUAGAAGCCCUGGAUUCCGGAUUCCAUAUCAAAAUUUUCCCGAAUUCCGGAUCCUACAAGUAAAAAUUUUCCAGAUUCCUGAAUCCGGAUACCCUUACGUGGGGCGAAGUACAAGUCAAACAUUUUCUGACCUGUUCACGUAUAUUUAAUUAAGCAGUGGGAAAUUUACUUUUCUUCUAACGUUCAAUUUUAUAAUGUGAUGGAUCGGAGUAACUUCUGGUCAAUGCAGCUUUUUCAGACUGGACCACAUUUUAAGCUAGAAGAGGUUUGGUUCUGAAAAGGUAUUUUUCCGUCUUGACAUAACAGACUUAACACGAAUGUUCGGGGCAGUGGGAAUAUUAAAUGAAGCUUGGAAAGGAAUCUUUUACUUGCUGAACUAAUCUUUGAACAAUAUGUAUCAUUGGUAAAGGGAAAAAGGCAAUUUCAAUAUAGUUUUGGUGGAAAAAUGAGGCAUAUCUUACUUAAAAGUGGUAAGUAUUUGAAUAACUGAGGAUUUUGUUGUGACAGCAGCCGGUAUCGUCACGCAACGCAAAUUGAACAUUUGCCUAAAUUUGAGUUGAAACCUUCAAUUCUGAAUCGCGUUGUGCCACAAGUUUUAUUGCAUAACUUGACAAAAUAGCUAUUAAUCUUUAACUAAAACAUGUUUUUAGGUCUAGUUAAGGUGCCACUUUUGAGAAUUUUCUGAUGAUUUUGAGGCAUUUUCUCGUGCAGUUUGCUUUCUUAAUUUGAUUAGCGAAAUAAAGACGACCAGUUUUUGCUGAUUACAGAAAGAUAACGCCUAAACGGUAUUGGAACAGUAAGAAGAAGUAAUAUGCUUCCAAAUGAGUCCAAUAGUCUAGGAUUUGAUGACCCGAAGAACUUUAGAGCGAUCGUUAAAAAACCUGUAAAACAGAGACUAAAAUUUGCAUAUUUUAGCCGCUAACGGUCGUCCAGCAAUGAAAUGGUGGGAAUGGCAGUAAAAUAAACAAUUUCCUUAUUCUAACUGCAAUUUCGUUAUUAGGAUGGAUAGUAGUGUUGAUGGUAAAAUUAUGAGGCAAAAGUUUUUUCCAGUCCAAAAUCGAGUGGAACGCUUUUAGGGAGACUGCCUCUUAAAUGUCUCAUCAUAUAAGCAUGUCGCUUCUUCACGUGGGUCUGAUACAGAGUCCAUUAGAAUGGCUUAGAUUAGGUUACUCGGAGUCGAAAGGGGGCUUAAGCAAACAGGAACACAACUGUUAAACACGGUGCAUAUCGUUUAUGAAGCACAUUUGUACCUUUUUUUAAUCUUCAACGUGAUUUUUCGUACAUUUAAUUAGUUAACAAGCGAUUUCAAGUCAGACAAGAGAGAAGAAUAUUCUUGUGGUGAUCUUUAAUCAACCUUAAUAUCCUACACUGUUUGUAAUUGAUUAGGUACGGAUCUAUGUUUAAUUCAACAAAUUAAGGUAAGUAGAUUAAUUUCUCUUGUCAAAAAUAUUUCACUUUAUAAUUUUGUUCUAAUUUUAGAACGGACAGACCAAGAAGCCAAAAAUCAAUUUUUGGAAGAAAUUGAGCUGAUGAAAGCAAUCGGCUGUCACAAGAAUGUUGUGAGCAUGCUGGGAUGCUGUGUUACAUCAGACCCCAUUUUUCUGGUACUAGAAUAUGCUCCGUAUGGUGAUCUUCAACAUUGGCUCAGAAAUAAGAGAUUGCAGGUAUGGUAGCUAUGAUAGCGGUGAGUUCGACUUACUUUAAAAGCUCUCGAUUGUGAAUGUAACACUCACCAUUAACGUUAAGUUAAAAAUCGAAAACUUGUGUGAAAUUUUUUUUUCCCUAUCCUGUAUAGACUGUUCACAGUCCCCUAUUUUCCCGUUAGAUCAGCGAGAUCGAGCGCUAUGCGUUACGGGUUGCCAUCUUGGAUGAGUGUCAAAACUACUUAGGGGGUGGGGGGAGGUUUGGAAGGAAGCGAGAAAAAUAGAAGGACUGUAAUAACAUCACUGCAUCCCAAGUUCAGGAGGCGUAACAGGAAUUUCACGCCUUUUACCAUUCAUUAAUCAAGAAACUCUGCUGGCGAAGAAAAACAUGCCAGACACAUUUAGCAUCGAUUUCGCGUGUUCGAAACAGUGAUUUUAUGCGGUUUCUGGGACAUUCCUCCAAAUAAAAUCGGCAAACAUGCACAGGUGAAACAUUUUCCUAAUCGAAGCGCUCAGCACGCUCGCUUCACCACAGAUUAAAACGGUUAAACCUCCCGAUAAAAAGCCAGGCAUUUCUGACAGGUCGUCUUUCUUACGUCGGCGUAGCGUUAAAUUUCAAUUCGUUUGGCAGAAACGGUGUUACAACAUUAACCUCGCCGGGCUGCUUCAAAAGCAUGUUGGUUUACGUGAUUCAUCCGCAAAAAAUGCCAAAAUUCCUUUUUGUGUUUGCGCAAGAUGUGCCCAAAGGAUGAUGCGCCCUAUGGUAUUAUGAAAGCGUACGUUUUCUAGAAACGACGACUUGUCAACGCCUUGUCAGCUAGUAUUGGCAACAUAAACUAAACCCGUUGUUAACGCAAAUUAACAUCUAUUGUCUAAUGACCCAUCAAACGCCUGUAUUGCUAGCGCAAGGCACUCAAAAUAUAAAAUCGUGUAAAUCUAAAGGUGAUGUUACACGGGACGAUUCGCAACGACCAUUUUUAGCGCAACACAGCGUUGUGACAUUGUUGGGACAUUGUUUCGAAUGGUUACAACGUUGUUCCAACAUUGCAACUCUGUGUUAAGCUAAAAAUGGUCGUUGCGAAUCGUCUCGUUAAACAUCACCUUUAGAAUUACACGAUUCUAAAGGUUGAUGAUAUGCGGGACGAUUCGCAACCACCAUUUUUAGCGCAACACAGAGUUUGCAAUGUUGGAGCAAUGUUGUAACCAUUCGAAACAAUGUCCCAACAAUGUCACAACGCUGUGUUGCGCUAAAAAUGGUCGUUGCGAAUCGUCUCGUCUAACAUCACCUUAAGCAGCGAAGGCAACAAUAACGGCAAAAAAAGAAGGUCUUAUUAGCAAAAAACCAUUUUUUACGUGCAGCACAAUUUUCUGUACAUUUUUUUGCCAUUGUUUUGCACGACUACAACGUGAAACUUCCAGAACCUUCCAGGUUACACGUUUUAUGGGGGAAAUGUAAUAGGUGUUCUUGUUCCCUUUUUUUCACUGUCACUCAUUUUCACGCUGGUGGCCGCUAGCAUUUCUUAAUUUCUCACUGCCGCUACAAAAUUUUCAUUUGUUCCUCCAACAAAAAAUGUCUCCUUUGUUUUUUCUCUCUCAAGCACGCAAGCGGCGAAGCCACGAGCCGCGAUAAACGAGGGCUUAAGUCCGAGAAGAAGAAAUAAGAGUCGAUCGUCCUCUCUCCUCUGGUCCCAGUCCCUUAUUGUAACAAAACAUCGUGCUUUGCAAUCGCUCUGGCUGGUUAGACCUAGAGGGAUUUUAAGAGAAAAGGCGGACUGCAAGAAGUCUAUAUAUUGUUUGCCUAGUCUUCAAGAGAACAAUAACGCGAUAGACAUACACUUAGGGAAUCUUGGGCAGAUAGGAUUUUAGGGCCUACAGAUACAAUCUUACUUGAACUGUUAUGCGUCUGUUUGUGUGUGAGUGUGUGUGUUUGUUUUUUUUUUAUUUUUCAGAAAAGUUAUCAAAGAGUCUACGACAACGAAGACAGAGAGUUCUUGUCUUCUGGUGGCAAUCUAAAUGCUGUUUCGACAGAAAUGAUUAAGUCAGGACAAACUGAUGCGGAAAACCUUGAAAGCGGAGAAAUUGAAAAACGUGGUAUUCACUUGUCUUCAGAAGAGUCUGAAGUGACUUUUUGCGGUAGUAACGUCUCCAAGGACAUCUCUCUUGAUGAACUUAAAGAGACCCGUGUUACCGCCGACCUUGCAUUAACUACCAACAAAGCUGGCAUUCACGAUAGUGGUGAAGGUAAAGAGGGAAGGGUAACAAACCAGUGUGAGAAUUUCUCUGGAAUGAGAAGUGUCCAUCCGAGUGAUUCCCAAGUAGAUGGGACAAGUGAUGAUGAUUUGCUAACAGCCAUGGACCUCCUUUGUUUUGCGUGGCAAAUAACACGUGGAAUGGUAAGGGCACAAGAGAACUUCAAGGGGCCCCCCUUCUAAGUGCUACUGGAUACUCAGUUGAUAUUGGUUUCAGCUGGGAUUAAGACUCGCGACUUCCAGCAGGCAGAGGUUAUGUUAUAUUGAGAUGGGUUGUAUCAGUAGGGAGAAAGCACAUGUUCAUUACACAGAAUCCUUUGGGUAUAUGACAAUAUGGGUGAUUUAUCGAGCGAAAAGAUUAUUUCAAAUUCUUCUUAUUGGAACCCGUUCUCUUAAUUUUCAAGGUUGUUCUCUAUUAUCAUAUUUAAUCAUACGAUUAUCACAUGAAGUAAACUGAACUCGGUAUUUUGUAAAUGCUUUUAGUUGUGUCGCUUUGAAAAAAUUUCAAAGAUAGGGGGUCAUGAAUCAGUCUGUCUCAAUGAUAGUUGUUCUUUUGUGGUUGUGGCGUUAAUAGCUGUUGGGAUGGUGUUGGUGGUGGGUCUUGAAGAGACUGUGGUUGUGGUAGAAGCGCUGCUUGGUUCCUGAGUGUUGGGGGUUACUAGUAUGGGCUCCUGUCGGCGUUGUGUCUAAUGUUUUGCUUUUUGGCUUGUAGUAGUUACUUUGGUCAUCUUUCUGGCUCUAGUCAUCGCUUGAGUUGUUCAUGCUGCUAUUAGUUUUGGUGGUCACUGCGCGCGGAAAAUGUGGGAGUAAUGGUGGUUGUUGCGGACGGGGGUGUUGUCAGUGUAAAGUUCCUGUUUGUCAUGAUUGUGGUUGUAGUAAUAGUGUAGCUGCUGUGGUGUCUGUCGUUGGUAUGAUUGGUCAAGUUGUUAUAGUUGUUUUUGUCACUGUGGUAGUUGUCUUUGUGGCACUUGUUGUGGUCCUGAUAGCCGUUUUGGCUCUAGUUGAUUUUUUACUUGUGUUUGGGGCUGGUGGUCCCGAAAUUUGUGUCGUCGCAUCGCAACUGCCGUAAAUACCAUGUAGUUACCCAUAGUUCUUGAAUAGGAAGAUUGAACGGGGGGGUAUAAGUAUGUCACACAUUAUUCCUUUCAUGCUUCCUCCAGCUGUCUUUUUUUAUCCCAGAGUUUCCUUGCGAGCAAAGGAUUUGUUCACCGUGACUUAGCGGCGCGUAACAUACUUCUUGGAGAAGACAGAGUGGUAAAGAUCUCUGAUUUUGGACUAAUGAGGCACACUCAGGACGACGUGUACCAGCUCAGGAAGGGAAAAAGGUUGCCGGUUAAGUGGACAGCACCAGAGGCACUCUACAACAGUCAAUACACCACAAAGAGCGAUGUGUGAGUAUUUGAUGCUUAGAGUGAAAACUGUGUUACACCAUGUCAACUGCGCAUGGUCAUAUGUCACACAUUUAUCAAUACCGUAACGAUAGAGCAGUAACCCGUAGUCCAUUGUCAUCCCCAACUGCUGAUUGGUUGAAAAUAUGCGUCAGCCUAUCAAAAUCGAAGCACUACCCAGAUUUGGGAAGUGGCAUUCAUGCGUCAUCACGCCGGAAACCGUUGGUGGCGUCGCGAAAUCUCGGCUGUUUUCUUAGGCUACUUUCAGUAGCGAGUCGCCACGAAAGUGGAAAUAGCACCUUGGAAACGAAGUUGCAGGUUUUCGUUCACGCCUGGGAACAGUGGAACUUUCAGAUAUCAGAUAGAGUAAACACCUGUUUCUAAGAACAAGUGGGUUUUAAGGCUGAAUAUUGGCUAAUAAAGUACGAUAUAUGUAAGGACCAAUUAAGCCUGAUAAAUAAAACAUGUUCUCUGGAUGCCAGAAUAAGAACCCAAUUUAGUAACUCCUGUUACGGUACUAUCGUGUACUGGACCAAAAUUUUGUGAAAUGUUUAAACUACUUAACAAUUAGAUGUUGGGUUUCCAAUCAAGUUAAUGUUUACUUAUAAAAGUAAAGUAUAAAACAUUGUAUGUUAAUUAAACCUCUAGUACUGCUUAAUUUAUAGUAUUUUUGAAACAAAUUUUGAGAACAUUUUCAGGCUCAGUUAUCACUAAGCACCCGAUAAUUAAGCGGGUGUUCACUGUUAUUUCUGAAAUAACAGUCUUUAUCUUUCCUUAUGGUCAUUGAGAUUUCUUCAAUUAACUUUACAAUGAUUAUUUCACAAAGAGUACGAAUUUUAGUACUGUAUAAUUUAUCUUUAGGUGGUCUUUUGGAGUUGUGCUAUGGGAACUUUCCACAAUGGGUAAGAAUUAAUAAAGCGCAAUUUAGAAACCCGUUUAUUACGUAUGGAAUCAUUGAAUGCAGUAUGAAAAAAACACGAUUUUUUCAUCUUUUGGCUAAAAACAUUAAGGCAAGGAUCUAGUUUACAUCUUUAAACGACAAAUUGAUAUUCUCACUAUUCACUCAGCUAAUAAACGAAAGGGAUACGUUUCUCGAACUUAAACAGAAUAAAAGAUACUGAGAGGCGGAAAUACAAAAAUGCUGUCUUAACCCUGUUCAGACCAGGGGAGCUGAGUUGAAUAACUUCAAAACCGUUAAGCUGGACCGCAAAACUUCGCGACUUUUCCUAACAUUUAUUUCGGAAAAUGUUAAAGUUAUUUAACUAAUUCAAAGAUGGCGGAUCAGACCUCAUUUCUAUUGUUAAAGAUUACCAAUGUGUCAGCCAACUUCAUAGUUUCAUGACUUUUCGCUUUAUAGCUAGUUUUCGGGAAAAACUUGGGUUCUGCCAACGUCAUUAUGACGUCAAUGUACAGCAAUGUGUCAAACAAAUUAUACCUAAAUGUUGAAAAUGACGUGUACAUUAUUCAGUGUAAUUUAAGUGGUCGUUUCAUGUGCGGUUUUAAAGUUGGGGCCCUCCGAAGCCCCCAUGCCCACAGGAAGCAUAUAGUUAAGGAAAAUUGAACUGUCUAAUAACAUCUUUCACAAGAAAAAAACAUCCAACGACUUGGUGACUUAAUGGUAUUCACGGGGAGUGAGCGAGCCAAGUUAUUUCGAUUUUGCAAAAUAGUUGAGAUUGUCAUCAGUUUAUAGCCUAAACAGCUGAUUAAAAAACUUGUUAUUGUAGGAGGGAAUCCAUACCCUGGUAUAAGUAACAAAGAAUUGUACAAGCUUCUAAAAACAGGAUAUCGCAUGGAAAAGCCCGACAUGUGUUCCGAUGAACUGUAAGUAUAGUUUUAGGCUACUUAUGAUGAUAAAUAUUUUGUGUAAUCAUAGUUAAUUGAGUGGAAUGGUUAUGAAACCCGUCAGACUCCUUUGUUAUAUGUUUUUGUGGACCUGAAAGUGCACAACGUUCAAAAGAAUUCCUAUCAUUUUUAUUGUAUUGACCAAUAAAAACGUUGCAGUAACAAUUUGCCAACAGAAAACAAAGGAUUGUGCACUUUCAGGGUGCUUCCAACAUAAACUGCAGCACUGUUGUUUUUAUCAUUGAUGUUUGCCGCUUUUCAUAACCAGUCUCCUCUAAUAACUAUGGUGUAACGGAUAAAAAUGCAGCCUACAAGAAAGCUUUUUGCUCUGGAUUUUCCUUUCAGCUUUCCCUUCACCACGCGAAGCGCUAGCAGUCCUUAGCCUGUCCGUAUGUAGACAUUUUGUUUAAAGCGUUGUUGACACUGUGUUACUGUUCCUUUGACAGGUUCCAGCUGCUAUUAGAAUGUUGGAAUGAGAACCCCAGCGCGCGACCGACGUUUGAUCUCGCCGCAAAAGCGCUGGAGAAGAUGAUGGUGAAGGGAACUCCUUAUUUGGAUUUGGAUUUACUUGAUGAAUCAAAGGCAUAUUACUGCGAGAAGCCUUUGGAAGAAGGUGACACAUCCUAA